GCGCAUUACAGACUGCUAGCCUAGCCAAGCUAAUAACAUCUGUGACGUUUUGGUUGAGACGUUGUUGUGUUUCGGUGUGUUUACUGAGAUCUCCUGAGUUCCGGGUGAGAAGAUCAGCGCGGCGCUGUGGAGGCUGUGGUGGAAACCGCCAACAUGAAAUGGAUGUUUAAAGAAGAUCAUUCUCUCGAGCACCGGUGUGUGGAGUCGGCCAAGAUCCGAAACAAAUACCCCGACAGGGUUCCCGUGAUCGUGGAGAAGGUGUCGGGUUCUCAGAUAGUGGACAUUGAUAAGCGUAAGUAUUUGGUGCCAUCGGACAUCACUGUGGCUCAGUUCAUGUGGAUCAUCAGGAAACGCAUCCAACUGCCCUCCGAGAAAGCCAUCUUCCUCUUCGUGGACAAAACGGUCCCACAGUCCAGCCUGACCAUGGGACAGCUGUACGAGAAGGAGAAGGACGAGGACGGAUUCCUGUAUGUGGCUUACAGUGGAGAGAACACGUUUGGAUAUUAAAGCCCUGCCCACUUUUUUGUUUUCUGAA